AUGGCGUCCGGAUACGGCUUGAACGGAGGCCCGUCCCGAUGCUUCCCCUUCUGGCAGGAGCUGCUUUCGUGCUACGUUGUCAAUGGCUCCGACGAUGACGAGUCGGGCAAGAAGAAGUGUGUCCCCGCCAUGGAGGACUACUACGAAUGCCUACAUCACAGAAAAGAGGCUGCGAGAGUCAAGAUGCUUCAAGCCGCCUACAGAAAAGCCGAGGCCGCGAAGAUCCAUGAGAACCCCCCUACAGCUGGCCAAAUACGAAAUCUCGGGUUGUUAAAUAAGGAGGAAGACACAAAGAAGGUACUGGGUGCGAGCUAG